AGAAGAAAAAAAGCAAAGAAUUCAUAAAUUCAAAAUAAAAUUCCAAAACUACCCACAUUACAACCACCAUAGAUAUUCUUUUUCUUCCUCAUCAAUGCCCUUAUUUAAUAUCUUCCAUUUGCCUUCUUAUAACGGCUACUUCUUCAGACCCAUUUAACCCAUUUUUUAUCUCUCUAGUUCGUGUCCGGGUUUUGAUUUUCUCUUAGGAAAUGGAUUUUACGUCGUUCUUGACGUCUUUAGGGACGUCGUUUUUGAUCUUUGUCAUCUUAAUGUUGCUGUUUACGUGGCUGUCGAGGAGACCGGGGAACGCCGUUGUUUAUUAUCCGAAUCGGAUCUUGAAAGGUUUGGAUCCGUGGGAAGGCGGCGGGUCGAGUAGUCGGAACCCGUUUACUUGGAUCCGGGAAGCGUUUUCUUCUAGUGAACAGGAUGUUAUUAACAUGUCUGGUGUUGACACUGCUGUUUACUUCGUGUUCUUGACCACUGUGUUGUCAAUAUUCAUGUUAUCCGGCAUUGUUCUGCUACCAGUUCUUCUCCCUGUUGCUGCUACUGAGAUAAAUACGAUUAUCACCAACUCUACAAGUGAGAAUAGUUUUAAUGAUCUUGACAAAUUAGCCAUGGGACAUGUUAUGGAGAAGAGUCCGAGGCUGUGGGCUUUCCUGCUUUGUGCCUACUGGAUUUCCAUCGUUACCUAUUUUAUGUUGUGGAAGGCAUACAAACAUGUUUUAGAGCUGAGAGCUACUGCUCUUAUGUCUCCCGAAGUUAAACCCGAGCAGUUUGCUGUUAUUGUUAGGGAUAUACCUGCUGUUUCCGAGGGACAAUCUAGAAAGGAACAGGUCGAUUCAUAUUUUAAGUCUAUCUACCCAGAGGCUUUCUACAGAUCCAUGGUCGCCACAGACAAUAAACAGGUUAACAAAAUUUAUGAAGAGUUGGAAGGAUACAAGAAAAAACUUGCACGUGCAGAAGCAAUAUAUGCGCAAUCUAAAGAAACAGGCAAACCGGAAGGAAUAAAACCAACUACCAAAACUGGCUUCCUUGGUCUUUGUGGUGCAAAAGUAGAUAGCAUUGAAUACUUUAAUGAGUUGAUUAAGGAACUUAAUUCUAAGUUGGAAGCCGAACAAAAGGUCACGCUACGGGAGAAGCAGCAACCCUCUGCUUUGGUCUUUUUCACCAACAGGGUGACAGCAGCAUCCGCAGCUCAGAGUCUUCAUGCUCAAAUGGUUGACACAUGGACAGUCAUUGAUGCUCCUGAGGCUCGUCAAGUAGUCUGGUCGAACCUUAAAAUCAUGUUUUUCCAAAGACAAAUACGACAGUAUGUUGUGUAUUUCAUUGUGGCUCUGACCAUAUUAUUUUACAUGAUACCAAUUGGAUUAAUUUCUGCAUUGACAACAUUGUCCAAUCUGAAGAAAGUUGUCCCAUUUCUUAAGCCAUUAGUGGAUAUGCCUGUGCUCAAGACAGUCUUGGAAGCUUACCUCCCUCAGCUUGCACUUAUCGUCUUUCUUGCUUUGCUGCCCAAGUUGCUUAAGUUUUUCUCCAAGAUGGAGGGAAUUCCUUCGGAGAGUCAUUUGGUGAGAGCCACCUCUGGAAAAUAUUUCUAUUUUACAAUUUUCAAUGUUUUCUUAGGAGUUACACUUGGUGGCACCUUAUUUGAUUCGUUAAAGACUAUCGAGGACGAUCCUAAUUCCACUGUUCCCAUGCUAGCAAAUAGCCUCCCAGGCAGCGCAACUUUCUUCCUGACCUUUGUGGCUUUGAAGUUCUUCGUCGGUUUUGGUAUGGAGCUGUCACGUGUAGUCCCGUUGAUCAUAUUUCAUGUGAAGAGGAAGUACCUUUGCAAAACUGAACAUGAAUUGAAAGAAGCUUGGAAACCAGGAGAUUUGAGCUAUGCAACUCGAGUUCCCGGUGAUUUGCUAAUCGUCACACUCGUCCUCAGCUACUCCAUCAUAGCUCCCCUUAUUAUCCCAUUUGGGAUAGUGUACUUUGGCCUCGGAUGGCUUGUUCUCCGAAAUCAGGCACUUAAAGUAUUUGUCCCAUCCUUCGAGAGCUACGGAAGGAUGUGGCCCCACAUUCAUACGCGAAUCCUUGCUGCUCUACUACUGUUCCAAGUCACCAUGGUUGGUUACUUUGGAGUGAAGAAAUUUGUAUAUACUCCAUUUCUGAUUCCACUGCCUGUUGCCACUUGUAUCUUCUUGUAUGUCUGUAGGAAGAAAUUUUACAGAUCUUUCAGCAACCCGGCUCUUGAAGUCGCUAGCGGCGAACUCAAGGAAAUUCCGAACAUGGAACAAAUCUUCAGAUCCUUCAUCCCACCAAGCUUAAACUCUGAAAAAGUUGACGAUGACCAGUUUGAAGAUGCAUUAUCACAAGUUUCAAGAAUGGGAUCAUUUGCUUGAUGUACAAAUAUUUCUGCAUAUUGUAGCAAAACAUAUGUUAUUUCCACUUGUUCAUCAUUUUUAAAGCUAGAUUGGUAUUGUUCAUUA